UUGAAACCUACUGAAUUUGAGAUUGACUGAAUUACCAUGUGUGGAUUUUAUUUUGUUUUUUGAGACUAGCUCUUACUGUGUAGCUGUAGUUGGCCUGAAAUGUGAGAGUCCUGUUUGCCUUUGCCUCCAAUUUUUGGGAUUAAAGAUGUGUGCCACUACAGCCAGAAAUAGGCUUGUUUUUACUGGAGUAUGGACAACUAUAGCACUGAACAAAACUGAUUCCUUCCCUAGCGAUCACUAACAACCAGUAUCUCCUCAGAAAGGGCUGGGCCCUCAAGAACCCCUCCCCUGUUCAUGAUGGAAUGUUGAUGGGCACCAUCUUGUGCAGGAGCCAGUGACGUUUGAGGAUGUGGCUGUAAACUUUACCCUAGGAGAGUGGACUAUGUUAGAUUCCAGUCAAAAGAAGCUCUACAGAGAUGUGAUGAAGGAAACCUUUAUGAACCUGAUUUCCGUAGGGAAAACAGAAGAAGAAGAAGAUAUUGAAGAGUACCAGAAGCCUAAGGGAAACCUGAGAACUCUGAUGGUUGAGAGACUCUGUAAAUAUGAUCGUGGUAAUCAGAAUAGAGAAACCCACCAACAGAGUCCAGAGCAUAUUAUUGUGAAUGAAAAAAUGCCUCCUGUAAUAACUGAGUGUGAAAGAGACAUCAUUGCUCAUUUCCCCUCAGACACACACUUCAAAGGCAGAACUGGAGAGAAACCAUACCAGUAUCAGGAACAUGUGGAGAAGACUUUAAAAUAUAAGAAAUGUUGGAAGGAUUUCAGUUAUUCUGAGUUGCUUCAGAUCCAUAAAAGCCCUCCUAUGAGACAGAUACCCUAUGAAAACAAACAAUCUAAUGAAGCCUGUAGGAGUUUCACUUCGGAUCAUGAUUAUGAGGGAACUUACACUGAAGAGAAAUCUUAUGUUUGUAAACAAUGUGGGAAAGCAUGGAGUGAUUCCUGUAGCCUUCUCUGGCAUGAAAAAAGUCACAUUCAAGAGAAACGUCACACCUGUAAGCAGUGUGGGAAAGCAUUUAGUCGUCCCUCACAGCUUCACAAACAUGAAAGAAUCCACACUGGUGAGAAACCUUAUGUAUGUACACAUUGUGGAAAAGCCUUCAUUGAUCGCAGAACCUGUUGCAAUCAUGAACGAACUCACACUGGAGUGAAACCCUAUGUUUGUAAACAAUGUGGGAAAGCAUUUCUUCGUUCCUGCCAACUUCUCAUCCACGAAAGAAUUCAUACUGGAGAGAGACCUUUUGUAUGUAAACAUUGUGGAAAAGCUUUUACCUACUCCAGUGCUUGUUAUUAUCAUGAAAGAAUUCACACUGGAGAGAAACCCUGUGUUUGUAAGCAAUGUGGGAAAGCAUUUAAAUGUUCUGCAUACCUUCACAUACAUGAAAGAUCUCACAGUGGAGAAAAACCCUAUGUAUGUAAGCACUGUGGAAAAGCCUUUGCUUAUGCUACUGGAUGUCACAAGCAUGAAAGAAUCCACACUGGAGAGAAACCAUAUAUGUGUGUGCAGUGUGGGAAAGUAUUCAGUUUCCCUAGAUCCCUUCACAUACAUGAAAGAUCUCACAGUGGAGAAAAACCUUAUGUAUGUAAGCAGUGUGGGAAGUCUUUCAGUCAGGGAACUUCUUUGAGAAGACAUGAACGAAUUCAUACUGGAGAAAAACCUUAUGUAUGUAAGCAGUGUGGGAAAGCCUUCAUCCAACGUGAUGAUUGUUUUAGUCAUGAACGAACUCACACUGGAGAGAAACCAUACAUGUGUGCUCAAUGUGGGGAAACUUUCACUUUUUCCAAAUCCCUUCAAAUACAUGAAAAAAAUCACACUGGAGAAAAACCCUAUAUAUGUAAGCAAUGUGGAAAAGCAUUUACCUGUUCCACAUACCUUCUUAGACAUGAAAGAACUCACAAUGAAAAGAAAUUCUGAAUAAUAUUUCUACCAGCGUAAAUCAUGGGAAUGUUUGACCUCAACUUUUAUCUUGAGGUAUGAAAGAAGAAAGUGGAGAGGUACUAGAUUAUGAGAGCUGCAGAAGUACAGUUUUGGUCCUUGUAUGCAGGUUUCUGUAAGAUGGGAAUCUGUACACCAGGUGUGCUGGUGCAUGCCUUUCAUUCCAGCAACAAGAAAGUAGAGGCUAGACAGAGUAUUAAAUGAAGCCUGUGCUAGUUACUGGGUUAAACACAGCGUGGGAGGUUUAAGAACCAAUUCCAACUAAAUGAAAUUGUCUGUAAAUAUAAGAAAGGUGUGUUUUUACCAAUAAGAUAAAAUUUAUGAAAAUUUCUCAUGUGGUUGAGUCCUAUGAAAGAAAUGUGAAGAUACCGAAGAUUAAUUUGUGUUGAGUGUUUCUUAAAAUAAACCACAUGAAAGAGAUACAAUAAGAUCUGAGUAUUUUUUAAAAACUAGAUUAUUUACGUAAGUAUGCUCUAUUUCGCUGAGCUUAUAACAUCAGUUUGUCUCAACAUAGAAAACAUAUGUAUACCAAAGUAACCCAUCAAAAAACCUAUUAAAAAUGUUAGUCUAACUCACGAUACUCCCUGUGCCUUUGCAUAAUUUUCCUUAUUACAUAAAAUUAGUAAUAAACAUUUAGGAAAGGUGAACCACAAUAAAUUCCUCAUGUGAAAAGGUGUUGUCAUAACCCACCCAUGUGUCAGUAAACAUCAGCUUUGAAAGAAAUCUGGCCCAGUGUGCAGUGUAGUGCCAUUUGGGACAUUAUUCAGUGUUAUACCCUGGAAUCCAUUUUGUUUAUCAUUUGAACAAACAUUCUGGACCUGGAUGAGCAAAGUAUUAAUUUUUGUG